CAAGUAUGCAUUACCGCUGCCUUCGUCGCUUGAAGCUCCACGACGGCACACCCCGCGGAGAUGGGAGACCCCGGAGCGGCAUCGAGGAGGAAGAACCGAUUACCGAAGGGGGGCAGCGAAUCUUCCGAUCUCCACGCCGCCGCGAGGAACGGGGACCUCACCACGGUCGAGUCCAUCUGCAACGCUAAUCCCCUCGCCGUCAAUGCUCGAGAUCGCCAUUCCCGGACACCACUGCAUCUAGCUGCUUGGUCUGGGCAGACCGAAGUAGUAAGAUUUCUCUGCAAGAAUAAGGCUGACGUCGGAGCUGCUGCUAUGGAUGAUACGGCUGCGAUCCAUUUUGCUGCUCAGAAAGGUCAUCUAGAGAUAAUUAGGAUCCUAUUAUCCUCUGGUGUCUCUGUCAGGGCGGCUAACAGGAAAGGUUUGACCCCUCUGCACUAUGCUGUCCAAGGAUCCCAUCCAGAGCUCUUCAAGUAUCUCAUUAGAAAAGGUGCAAGCCUUACCGCCAAGACAAAGGCCGGGCAAACACCUAUGGACCUUGCGAGCACCGAGGAAGUCCGCGCUCUUCUCGUCGAGUGCAAACAAUCUUUGACCAAAGAUGAUAAAUCUACUACGAUCAUGGAGGUUGGUGACUCGGUUUCAAAGGAGGAUAUUGAAGCAAAAAAUGGAGGCUCCAUUCCUGAAGAGUCAGCUAAUGUCAAUGAAGAAGGCACGGAUACUAAGGAAAAGAGAAGAGGUGAGGCAACGGCUGAUGAGGACUCAUCAAAACCGAAAAAGGCUAAGGUUUCCCUUGAUCACCUUCUGGCUGAAAAUGAUGUCUUAGAUGAGGAUGAAGAAUAGGACACAGGUAUGAAAGAGAACAAUCAUAUAAGGGCAGUUCUAGUGUUGAAGCUCUAACAUUUUAUGGUAACUUUAUGUGUUGUUUUCUUGGACUUUAUGUGUUGAUCUGUAAGGUUUUCUUUGUUAGCAAGUGUUGCACAUCUUUAUUCUUCGUGUCCUUGUUGUAUCUGAAGCAUGCUUUUGCAGUGGAUGAACGAAAAGUUCUCACAUUUUCAGAUCA